ACGGAAUGUGUGCUGUCCUCUGGAGGCUGUGCUCUGGUACCUGAUAUUAGUGCAGAGGGCUUCAUGGAGCUCCCUGGAUAACGGGAGGCAGGGCUGCACUAAGCUGCAGCUUUAGUUAAAAGGAUGGCACUGUUCAUGCUUGGGGUCAUGUCUUCAGCAGUGUUUGAACAACAGAACUGUCUUUGCAGAGAGCCUGAAACAGAAGAGCAGGAGGGGAAUUCCUGAAUGCUUUGAGUGAAUGUCAGCCUGGAUGCCACCAGUGACACUGAAUGUGAGAUCAUUGUUUUCUUCACCAGUGGAGCGUGAGAAAUAGAGGCUGAAGAUGAGUGAGCUGGAGCAGUUACGGCAGGAGGCAGAGCAGCUGCGAAACCAAAUCAGAGAUGCCAGGAAAGCCUGUAGUGACACAACUCUUGCUCAGAUCACCACAAGCCUGGACUCGGUGGGUCGGAUCCAGAUGCGAACCCGGCGCACGCUCAGAGGUCACUUGGCCAAGAUCUACGCCAUGCACUGGGGAUCCGACUCCAGGCUACUAGUCAGUGCUUCUCAAGAUGGAAAAUUAAUUAUUUGGGAUAGUUAUACAACAAAUAAGAUGCACGCCAUCCCCCUGAGGUCCUCCUGGGUGAUGACCUGUGCCUACGCUCCCUCGGGCAACUACGUGGCCUGCGGGGGCCUGGACAACAUCUGCUCCAUCUACAACCUGAAGACCAGGGAGGGCAACGUGCGCGUGAGCCGCGAGCUGCCGGGGCACACAGGAUACUUGUCCUGUUGUCGCUUCCUAGAUGACAACCAAAUUGUCACUAGCUCAGGAGACACCACUUGUGCUUUGUGGGAUAUUGAAACUGGCCAGCAGACCACCACGUUCACUGGGCACACUGGAGAUGUGAUGAGCCUCUCUCUGAGCCCAGACAUGAGGACUUUUGUCUCGGGCGCCUGCGAUGCCUCCUCGAAGCUUUGGGAUAUCCGCGAUGGGAUGUGCAGGCAGUCCUUCACGGGGCACGUGUCAGACAUUAAUGCAGUUUGUUUUUUCCCCAACGGCCACGCGUUCGCCACGGGCUCUGACGACGCCACGUGCCGGCUGUUCGACCUGCGCGCCGACCAGGAGCUGAUGAUGUAUUCCCACGACAACAUCAUCUGCGGCAUCACCUCCGUCGCCUUCUCCAAGAGCGGCCGCCUGCUGCUCGCCGGCUACGACGACUUCAACUGCAACGUGUGGGACACGCUCAAAGGGGAGCGCGCAGGUGUCCUGGCUGGCCAUGACAACCGUGUCAGCUGUUUAGGUGUUACUGAUGACGGCAUGGCUGUAGCUACAGGGUCUUGGGACAGUUUUCUCAGAAUCUGGAAUUAACUGGGAGCCAAACAUGUACAUUCUCCAUUUGAGAUCUGGAGAGAUCAAUGCUGCAGCCUAUAGCUGUGAAAUAACAUUUCUACCUUGUAUUUGCAGGUGAAGUUUUUCUAUUCACUGAUUAUUACACAAAAAGGCUUUCUGUAAACUAGAAAAAAAAAAAUCAAGUGAAGAAAUAGGGGAGGGGGGGAAGAAAUCACUGACUUUUUAAAAGGGGCCAGCACACAUUAUCAUGGUGACCGACAAACUAAGAGCCAGUCUUUUUGUUUUUGGUGGUUUGGUUAGAUUGUCCUUGAAGGGUUUUUGCUUGUGCUCAGUCUGCUAAUCCUGUACUUUUUUUUGUACAUAACAGAAUAUACACAUUAUAGCAGCCAAUCAUGUAACAUUUGUCUGUAUGUAAAGAAAUAUGUUUGCCUUUUUUAAGGAACUACAUUUAUAGCUUUGCUUUUAACCCGAGAUGUCACUUCUGAGUUUUGUAGUGGGUGAACUAGAUUGCUGUUUUCAAUGUUUUUGUGAAUUUACUGUAGAUAAAGUGAAGCCAAUGGUAUGUAUGUGUUUUUUUAUAAUGGAAGGCAUUUGAAUUUUUUUAAAGGCCCUGGAGACUCCCAGUUAAUACCUACCGCCUUAUUCACUCACUUCUUGACCUGCUUGCCUAUUUUUGAUCAGGGGGUUCUUCCUUCAAGCCAGUGGUUCCUGGUUCAUCCAUUGGCAGUCAUGACCUCCAAACACCAAGGAGUUAAUGCCAGGUAGACUUGCACCAACAGCAGAAAUAAUUGGAAAAUAAAAUAAAUCCAGAUGUUUUAGCUUCCUCCUUGCAGGUUUUUGCAUCAGUUGUUCCAUGCAGUCUGUGGGUACAGAAGCCAAGUGGCCAAGUGCUGUGGCCGGCUCAGCCUUGGCCAAACGUGUGGGUUUGGCUCCUCCCAAGCUCCAGCUGAUCUGCACUCAGUGACUUGGCUGCUGCUCAGAGCCCAGAGCAGUGUGCAGAGCUUGCUCCUUCCACGCCAACUGAGAAAUUCAGGAGGACUUUGCUUAAACUCCUAAAGAGGAUUUAACUGUGCAGUUAAUUGCUUGUAAUUCCCCUCCAAAUUCAGGGGUUGCCAAAGCACACCACGGCCAAAAGUGCUGGUUGUCAGUUCUGUGCAGUGUGAAUUACCAAAGGAAUUGUGUAACUUAACUGCACCUGUGUGACCCCUGAAAACCUCCCAGGAUAACCUUGAGGAUAUGUGCUUGUUCUGUGUGCUCACUGAGGGCUGUGCCAUGGUGGUUUAGAGAUGCCAGAUGUUCUGCAGCCUCCAACACUGUAAAUAGCCAUUUCUGCUCCUGUCCCGAUUUGAUUCUGAUUUUUGUGUCAGUUGCUUAAAGAUCUCACCAAGUACAGUUCAGUGCAGAGACAGGAAAAUCAUGUGAUUGAUGCCCAUUUGAAACUGCCCAGGGAGGUUGCUUAACUUUUUGGUGCCUGGCAGCAUGUCUGCACUCACAGUGGAUGUUCCCUUGGGAAUCUGAACAUCUGUGGCUAUUCUGAAAUGGGGGAUUAAGUCUAUUGGCUUCUCUUAAGUGACUUAUUUUAAAGAUAACGUGAAUUUUAAAUCACCAGGUUGGAAGAUGAUGUUAGUCAUCAUUCAUUGGAACUGAUGGGGAGUCUGGAUGUCUCUGGGUCAGGUAGGAAUGAGAAAGGCCCAGAAUCCUGUAGUAUAUCCAAAUGGAUUUCUGGCUGAGAUGACUUUUGUGAAGUUUCUGACAUUUUUAAAAUUUCAUUACUUCCAGACUGUGCCUGUAAACUCGCCAUGUCUAUAAUGGUGAAGGUGCCAAUAAAUGUACCAGUCAAUCAUGGUAAAUUCACUUUUGAAAUAAGAAAAAGGCGCUUCUUAUACUGGAGAAGGAACAUUUCCUAACAGCAGCCUGUGGUGUAGGACCAAAAUCCCACUGUAUUGUGUCUCACAGGAAUUCCUCUGUUUUGUUUUGUGAUCUGUCUGCAUUUAUAGAACUAUUAUGGAAUUCUUGUAACUCUCUUAAGUGAGCAGCUCUUUGGGAUCUUGCAGACUCUGUUUAUUUUUUAGUGGUGCACUCUUGAUUUUUUAUUUUUUUUUAACUCACAGCUGCCUUGAGUGAAUCAUUCUGGAAAUUUAUUACUAAGGAAUUUUAAGAAAAAUAUUCUUUUUCUAAAAAAAAAUUUUUCCAUAGAAGUGUGUUUUGAACCAAUUUCCUAGUCAACACCUUUGCCAAGACAGGUGCCAUUUUUACAUUCUGGUAUUAAAACUGGUUUCUACUUGUGAAACUCCAAAAUCAAUUUUACAGCUGUAUAUAACUUUUCUUACCAGUUUAGGUAGCCUGUAACAGUGGUAAUGGCUCUUGUACAGGUAUUACUGCAAAUAACUUCAGUUAUUGUUGGAUGGCUGUUGCCUCUUGGAUUCAGCUGCUUUUAAAAUAAAUACUAAGGAAUGCCAAUUACUUGCUGAGGUGUCCAACAGCAUCACAGAGCUCUGCCUGCCUCUGCUCCUCGCUCAGCCCAGGUCUGAGGGGCUCCUGUGUCAGCACACGAGACCUGGGAGAGGCCUGGGCACAACGGGGGAAUCGGUGCCUGGUGCAUCUUUGGAGCCUGUGGGAAGCCUGUGAUGGAUCCUGCCCAGGUGAUAUUUGCUGUUCCAUUACUGCCCUGGCUUGUGGGGUAUUUUUCAAGCCUGCAGAUUCCCAUACCACAGGUACUGUGUGAUGCCACAGAACUACUCAGGCUGUGGCAUUCCCUUCUUGAAAUGACUGGCAGGGACCUCUGGAGGUUGAUGCCCCAGCUAAAGUGGAGGUGGCUUCUAUGGUAAAAGCUCAAACUCCUCCUAAAAGAAGGAAGGUAAUAAAAUGACAUUUGAUAGGUUUUGCUUAAAAGAUUUUACCCCAGCUUUGAAUUUCAAAGAAACUGGUGUGUGCCUGCAGUUGACAUGAGCUCAGGUAUGCAGCUUCUGUGACUUCUGACUGCACCAUGACAGCAAACUUGCUUGCAGCAGGUCUUGCAGCAUGAGUGGGCACAUCUUCACUGGCUUCAAAAGUUCAUAGCCAGACUACAUCCUUAGCUGGAUUUCAAGGAAGUUGUGUCAUUACAGAACUGGAGUAAGCAAGAGCAUUGUGCCAAACAGUGGCAGAGUAAUUCUUGCCCAGCCUCUCUUCUAAAGGCAGUCUGUUAAGGCUCGGGAAGCAGAACCAUGUGUUUGGUGUAACAAGAUUUAUUUUAUUCUGGUAGAGUUUGCCAGCAUUUUCUAAUGUGAUAUAACUUUGCAAUAGAGAGUUCUCCUUUCAGGCAAGUGCCCAGCCUGGGCUUGUUCCCAUGUAGCCUUGGAUGCUGUUUCUUGGUGGAGAAAGCAGUUUGAGAUUCUGGAAGCACAGAAAGCUGCUGUGGCUUCGUGCUGACGUUUGCUCGUGUACUUCAGCAACGUGGCCUGUUCCAUCUGCCUGAGCCCCUUCCUUCCAAGCACUGCUGUGCUGUGCUGAACUGCAGAGCCCUGGCAGGGCUGCAUUGACAGGAUUUGUACCACUCCAAAGGGAACGAGCAUUCCAGAGGCUUUUCCUGCCACAGGCCAGGGCCUGGCCUUGCCUUGGCAAAGCUGAGCUGGAGCAGAGCAGGGCCCAGCGUGUCCUUACUGUCAUGUAUGGCAUGGAAGUAGCUGACUCCUUCCUUCAGUUGUGUAACCGCUCGUCCCACGAUGAAGUUCACAUUAAUUACUUUAAGGUGGAAUGAAAACAUUGUGAAAACAUUCCAAGAGUUGUAGUCUGUCCUCUCUGGGGACACUGUCACCUCCACUAGGUUUAGUGCUGUGCUUUAAGAUGUUGGUGAGAGUUUUGGCUAAUUGGACUAGUUGGUAUCAAUGGUUGUGUAGCAGAAUGGCUGGUUUUGAGAUAGCAUUUCCCGUCCAAGUACUUAGCAUGGGUUGAUGGUGCACUGUGUAUCCAGUACUCUGGCAUGCAUGCUGGUCACACUCCUCCUACACUUCAGAGGCACCAGAGCCUUUUAUCCAAUUGCUGGUUAUGUAAAAUACAUGCAGAAUGUUAAUGCAGUGUUGUUAUGGUAAAUGUGUGAACAGUGUUACUAAUUGAUAUAACUGAUAACAGAUUACAUGUGCCUGACAUUCUUAUACCACACAGUAUGUUUAGGUUUUAACUAAUAUGGACUUCGGUGGAAUAGUCUUAGGUAUUUCAAGCCUUUGUUUUACUUACACAAUGGUGCUCUCUUUGUGUUUUUCUUUUAUUUUUUUUUUAAAUAAAAGCAUCUGAACACUUGUAGUACAUAUUACAUCCAAAGGAGUCCAAAGCAAAAUGCUUCUGAACAUGCUUAAUUUUACUUUGCCUUUAGUUCCCAGCAUCUCUCAUCAGCUUUGUUUGUUUUGUUUUUACUUGUUGCUGACUACUUUGGAAAACUUUGGUAAUGUUACCAAUUAUGAAGUGAUUCUGCACUGCCUUUGGAUUGUGUAUGUAUUCAGAAACAGUCUUAAAGCUUUUAUUUAAGCUAUUAAAAAACCAGGGACUUGUGCCAUUUGUUCUUUACCAGUGCUGUUGUAAAAAGACUUCCCUGUGACAAAAAAAUCACUUGCUAUGAACUUUGUUUAUAGCUUUUUUUUUUUUUUCCACGAUGGAUCUUUUUCUUUGUAUUUGUACAGUGGCUCAGUGAAAGAUGUUGCCAUGAGUUGAUAUUGUAACCAAUAAACAAGUGCUUUUAACCAGCCUGGCUCAGCUGUCGGUGUUGAAUUAGAGCAAGCCCUGGCCUGAAAGUGUUCCUGGGAUGGGGAUGGAGCAGCCACACAGCAGCAGCUGAGACCUGUCCUGGAUCUGCAUUACCUGUGGGAGUGAUGUGCAGGUCUCCACCUCAGACAGAGCUGCCAAAGAACUUACUAGAGCACAGGGGUAGGACUUCCUUUAAUAAAUAAAACUGUAGAAUACAUGCAUUGCAAGUUUCCUUGAUACAAUGUCAACACAAAUGCUCCACAAACAGAGCAUCGACACACAGCUGUGCCCUCAUGGACACCAAGGCUGAGCUGUUAUUCAGGGGUGGAUGCCACAGUUUCCCUCAAGCCCCCAGGACUCCCCAUGCACAGUCAGAAGGAACAGCUGAACACACUGGUGGAACUGCUGUCUUCCCUUAACACCUCUAGCAUUACAUCUUACAUCUAUUUCCUGAUGAGAUAGCCCUUCGUUACUGGAAAAUGGCAAACUCCUAUACCUUAGAGCUGAAUCUUUAACUUAGUGUUAAUACUGCCAUAAAAAUAUAUAAAUACUCUGAAAAGGCUUUUCUUUUAAAAUAAUUUUUAAAAGUCUAGUUAGAAAAAAGUAGAUAUUGAAUGACUGCAGACAGCAAGAGCAGAAGUUUUUAAAGAGGCUUUGCUGGAGGUGAGCAAAGGUAAAGGACUCCAGCACAGCUGCCUGGACUCUGACCUAGAGGAGACCUGUUCUGCAGCAGAGGGACUGGGCAGGGAGAGAUGGGGUUUCACCAUGUCCUACUCCCUGAAUGCAGCAGCAGGGGCUCCAGGGCUCUCCUGGCACCCUGAGCUCCCCUACCCACCCUGCACCCAUCGUGCCCAGACCAUCUCAGCACACCCUGCUGUGCCUCGGGGCAGUGACACAUCUGAGCUCACCUGACCACAGUUCUGGGCAAAGGACCACUUCACUGCUCUACCAACUGCAAGAAAGAGGUUCACUUUUAUGUCAUCAGUGCCCUCUUGGCUCGAGGAGGUGGCCAGAGGAGCUUUGAGCCCACUGCAUUGCCUUAGUACCAUUCACCCUCAUCUUUUGCUGCCCUUUCAAGAGGAACCACUGCCCAACACACUAGCACUGCUUUCCAAACAUGGCAGAAGUCCUGUCCCAUGCCAGAGUUUGUACUUCCCUUCACUAAACAAAAUCACAUCCACAUG